UAGUUAGUAAUUAGUUAUUGGGUCGUUUAUGUGGUUGAUUUUAUUUGUAAUUUUUACACAUAUAUAUUCUUUGAGAAUGGAAACUCAAAGGAUAUGAUGCAACAAGAUGAGGACAAUCUUCCUUUUAUUCAACACUAUAUUAUUGGCAAUCGGGAACUGCGGUGGCCCUUUGCUCCUCCGCCUCUACUUCCUCCGAGGCGGCGCCCGUUUAUGGUUUUCCACGUGGCUGCAAACCGCCGCCUGGCCGGUCGUUUUCAUCCCACUCCUCAUCUCCUACCUCCGCCGGCGCCGCCGUAGGAGUGACGUCGACUCCAACACCAAGUUCUUCCUUAUGACGCCGUGUCUUUUCAUCUCCGGCGCACUCAUCGGCCUUCUCGUGGGCCUCAUGAACUAUCUCUACACCUACGGCGUCGCCAAGCUUCCCGUUUCCACGUCGUCCCUCAUCGUCAGCUCCCAGCUGGCAUUCACGGCGUUGUUCGCUUUCUUCCUCGUGAAGCAACACUUCACCGCCUUCUCGGUGAACUCCAUCGUGUUGCUGACCGCCGGGGCGGUGGUUUUGGGUCUCCGAGCCGGAAACGACCGGCCUGCCGGGGAGUCGAACAAGGAGUACGGUUUGGGGUUUGUGUUGACUCUUGGGUCGGCGGCUUUGUAUGGGUUGAUUAUGCCGUUGGUGGAGUUGAUUUACAACAAGGCUAAUACACCCAUUGGUUAUAUUUUGGUGUUGGAAUUUCAGAUGGUUGUGUCUCUUGCUGCCACUCUUUUCUGCUCGGUUGGAAUGUUCAUAAACCAUGACUUCCAGGUGAUCCCAAGGGAAGCAAGAGAAUUUGAAUUGGGUGCAGCAAAAUAUUACAUAUUAGUGAUAUGCAGUGGGAUUAUAUUCCAAUUUUUCCUGAUAGGAGCCCUUGGGGUGAUCUGCUACGGUUCAUCUUUGCUCUCCGUCGUCAUCAACACCGUUCUCCUCCCAGUGACGGAGCUUCUCGCCGUGAUUUUAUUCCACGAGAAGUUCCAGCCGGAGAAGGGCGUCUCUCUUUUCCUGUGCCUCUGGGGAUUUGUUUCUUAUUUUUACGGAGAGAUGAAACGCAAUAAAGACAUGGAGGAGAAGGAGAAGAACCAAACCCCACAAACGACAGAGAUGACUCCCACAUCACAUGUGGCCUGAAAUUCAAACAAUCAUCAAGGAUGAAGCUACACGCCUCUUUAAUUUUCAUUGUAAUAAUUCCAAUAGUCACAGUCUACAACUAACUUGUCAUGUUAUAUGUCAAAUCUUCACCAUCAAGUGUAGUGUUUACAUUGGCCACCAAAAACAAUAAUCUGUACCUCAAUUAAUAAUCUUUUUAUCUAA